AUGAGCCGGAGGCACCAGUUCUGCCUGGCCUGCCUCCAGCGCCUCGGGACGGGGAGUCCACGCACGCCGGGCUGGCGCUGGCGGGAGCAAGACACCAUGUUUCCGAUGGAAAGUGCUGUGACGCAGCUGCGUCCGGAGACCAUCGCAAGACUGGUGGAUGAGGCAGAGGAGAAACAGUGGACGCAGCUCGGAAUUCCUGGAGACGAAGAGGGGGACUCACCAUCCCCCAUACAUGGGUCAGCACAGCUGGGUGUGGCACUACUGAGAUCAAGGAAGUGUUGCAUGUUGCUGGCAGGGAGGAAGUCAACCUACAGUAAUGUCCGAGUGGUGAGGAAUGAUGGUCAAGACAAUGGGCUGGAAGAAGGUGCGAUGAAGAGAACGAUCAAGUCUCACACCAAGGAUGUUCAGCAGCUGGACCACAAGGUGGGUGGAAGAUGUCUCACACACAUCAGUAUCAGAAUUCCGAGCUUUCAAACACGCCUACCUCUGUGCAGCGUUCCCAGUUCUGGGGCUCCAGACCCUCCCUCCCCUUUAUCACCCUCCCCAACAACACCCACCAAUACCCCACCCACCCAGAUCACCUACCCCAGGUCCAUUAGCUCCGACUACCGGCCGUCCACCCCCCACUCCCUGCACGACAGCGGUGUGGAGGAGACAGACGAGGGAGCCAUGAUCCCCACCGAGACGCUGUGUGAGCUGCUACGUCGGGCAUUCAGGUUAUCAGCCGACCGCUUCCACCAGUAUGAAACCAUGAUUGCUAAAUCAUAUCAAAACAAAUCCCCACCGAAGCUGUUAGCUGAAGAGUUAAUGAGUCAGUUGACAGCCUUGGAGAACACCAGCAACACCUUCUACAGCCCUGCAGCCUUUCUGACUCGGAAUGGCUAUGACAUCUGGUGCCACCAGGAGAUGUCGCAUAUCUCGGAUCUGCUCAACAAGUUCUGGCACUUCUCUCUGCCCUAUCCCAGUGACAGCCAGCUACACAACAAGGACCUGGCCACUGUCCAUGAAGACUACGAGAUACUGCUGUCUAAACUACUGCUCUAUGAACACCAGUUUAAGGUGGGAACAUACGACACCUCCAGUCCUCUCUUCUCACUGCUGUCUUCUGCUUCAAUGCGUCUGCUCAGGGAGUUUGCACUUCGGUACGGCAUCGGUGAACAGUACCGCCGAGUGUUAUACCUCCGUCACUUGAUUGAGAUCUUCUCUCCAUGUGUGUGGUUUCUUCAACACAUGACCUCAGUUGUUGCCAGUGUCAGAGACAUGUUUCCUAGCAACAAAUCACAACUUGUGAUGACCAAGAAAGAGUAUGUACUACUGGACACAUGUAUCAAGUCCAUCCUCGUCCAGACAGCCAAGUCCUUCUGUCAGAUGAAGAGUAUAUUCCAGACUGUCAGACCUGCAGAGGGAAUAGAUAUCCUCAUUGGACUGAUCUCCAUCACACUGGACCUGCGAGCCUACCUGACAAUUGAGAGCCAUGAGACCCUGGAUAUGUUCCUAUACAGAGCUGUUCAGGGUAUAUUCCGUCCAACAUAUGAGCGUUACAAGAUCCUGGCUCAGUCUGAGUUAGCCAAGAAGAACAUCGGCCCCAUUCUGUUAAAUAUCCUGAUCUGCAACAUUCGUGACGAGGUGAUCGACUACCGCAACAACUACCAAUCAUCGUUUUCACACUACAUGAACAUCACAGAAAUUGCAGCCCAGUCUUUUUACAUCCUGCUGAUGGAAGAUGUGGAGUUACUCUGCAGGGAGCAGGCGGCAAGACAUGACAAGACCAUCCAUGAGAUCAACCUGCAGGUGCUUGGCUUGGCCUACAGACUCAACAGACUUGAUCAGGACUGGGCAGAGCACAUUCCCACCGAAGCUCAACAAUGGCGUAAAAGUUUACUACGAGAAAUCCUGCUGUGGUCGACGUCCAUCAUGUACCAUGUUCAGGACCUGGUGAUAGAGGCUGUGUCAGGAGAUGAGUUCCAGACGCAGGAGGUUCAUCUGAUGACCCCUCUGUCGUCCCUGACUGGGUCUUCAUACUCUGUCCAUCGCAGUCAGUCGCUGUUGGCUUCAUCUCUCACUCACUCUGUGAACAGUGCCUUCAGCAGCAUCGUGUCUUCGCUCCGAUCUACGCCAAACAAACAGUUACAGACUACAAUUUCUGACUCUCCAUCCCGACAUCCUCGACAGCCUGCAACCAUUAUAGAAACUUCCCCUGAAACAAUAAAAUCAUCACAGAAAAGCAACAAUGCAGAACCUGAGAAGAAAGAAGUAAAAGUCGUUAUCAUCCGCAAGCAAGGGUCAUUUGAGACCAAGUCACUUAUAUCGGUUGAGGACCGUGCCGACUGUGUGAAAUUUAAAGGCCUUAAACAAAGUGUGUCGAUGCCUGACAUGAAGGACAAGGAUGAAGAUGCUUCAGAACACUUGUGGAUGACACAGUCAGGAGAUGGGGAUUCGUGCCCCUUCAUGCCCCUGCUCAAUGAGAGCGAUGAAAUGAGCAGCAAUGAAGAGACUGGACACAGCAAGAGUGACAUUGAUGGGUCCGGACUGGUGUUCCAGGCCACUGUACACAAUGAUCCAUGUGAUGAUGAAGAUACGAGCACAGUGGCAUCUGAAGCAGACGUGCAUUCUGACAUUGAAGAAGACUCGGAAACUGAAGGUGACUUUAAGUUUCCACCCAUACAACAAGUGUCUUCUGGUCAUCAAGACAGCAGUAAGCCUUUCCAUUUGGAUGAUACACAUGGUGAGACUCGAGGCUUUGUGUCACGCCUCACAUCAGCAUUCAGGCUGCCGAGGAAAAGAACUGCUUCCAAUGGAACACAUGAAUCAGGGUUGGAAUAUGAAGAAACAAAAUUCCAAAACUCACUUGAACGGUCGUUCAUGUCUGCUGACAACAACUUUGAAAGUUCUGAUAGACACACAGAGUUCUUGGAUUCCUUCUCUUCUGAAUAUACAAAUGUGUCUCUCCCUACUCCGCCACCUGGUUCUGAUGCCUGCUUGCCGAUAUCUGGUUCUGCUAUCGAUCUGGUGGUGAUACUGCAGCGUCUGGUUUGGAUUUCAAGGACAUUUUACCAGAUUCUGUUCCCAACUUUGGAUGACCUUGAGACCUUGGAGGCUCUAGAUCAGGGAGAACUCAGCAUGGAACAGAUGGAGUUUCAUCAGAAGAGUGUCGCUGGCAAAGAAGAAAUUUAUGAAAGCUUCUUGACGACCAUCUGUGUAACAUCAUGCCAGUAUGCUGACAACAUGCUGUGUCUUGACCUGUGUGGAACACCUAACUCUGCAGCUAAAAGGCUCAUAGGACCCAAGCUUCUGGAGCACCUAACCAAUCAGCAGAAUACAGGCCUUGUGUGGGGAUGUCGGCAUGAGCUGGAUGGGAAGAAGAACUGCUUUGAGUACCUCAACAAACAAACUGCCUAUCUCUGUGACAGAUAUGAGCCAAUCACACAGCAGAUGUGUACACGUAUCAACAACGUGUCAGCCAUGUUGAAGUUCCUGGAGAUUUAUGAGCGUCGCCUUGCCAACACAUUUGGGGAGAAAGACUUGUGGAUCAACUCUGAUGACAUGCAGAGGAGCCGCUUGAAUCCCAGGAGCGGCAGACAGAGCUGCAUUUCGGUGCAAGAUUUCACCAUGGCGGAUCGUCUAGAUGAGCUGGAGAAGGACGAGUGGCCAGACCAUGAGGAGCUGCAGCCAAGCUCAGGCCCUUUUGUGCACAAGCUCCUCAACCCCCAUCAGAGCCACCUGCUGGCCGUACAGAAAGCUCAGUGUCGAAUCAUGGCUUACAGGCUCAACUUAUUUCUCCAUGAUGCUCUGGCUCUGCUGAUGAGGCUAAAGCCCCUCAACGUUUCCAUACAGGAUUGUUUGAAGCCUGUAACCAACUUCCUCCAUAAAUAUAUGGAGAAACUUAGUGGCUGGCUUUACAAGGACUGUUUCCAUCAGCUGUUAGAAUGUCUGUGGAUAUUUCUUGUAGAAGAUUUGGAGAUGGAAGCUGAGAGACUUCGUCGGAGGAAGAAGAUUCCACACCCUUCUGGGCACAAACGGUACUACAGGCGCUCACGCACUUGUUGAAAUUUAUGAACAACUUUGGAAAAGGUAUCACAAGAAAUCUGCUGUUGUCACAAGCGGAUGAGCUGGUCUUCAAGCUGCAGCUGUACUCGCUGUCCACACAUCAGCUCCUGGCGCUCUACAGUAAACUCA